AAGCCGAACAUUUUAUGUUUACUGGCACUCGUAGGCUUUUACGAGAGUCUCCUUAUUAAUCGGACGGGCCAGUCAAACGCCGUCGCGUUGAUAACUCUCAACAGGCCAGAGACCCUUAACUCCCUGUCUUCGGGCCUUCUGCGUGAGCUCGCAUCUGCGCUAGAGACGCUGAAGACAGAAGACUCCAUAAAAUGUUUGGUGAUUACCGGCCACGAAAAGGUUUUUGCUGCUGGUGCUGAUGUUACGGAAUUCGCUGACCUCUCCUACAGCGACAUCUAUAAUCGCGAUUUUUUCGCCCACUGGGAACGCCUGACUGCCUGCAAGAAGCCGGUGAUUGCUGCCGUCAACGGUAUUGCCCUGGGUGGCGGGUGCGAGCUGGCAAUGAUGUGUGAUAUUAUCUACGCCGGUGAGAAGGCCAAAUUCGGUCAACCGGAGAUUAAGCUGGGUCUCAUUCCGGGCGCUGGGGGCACCCAACGCCUAAUCCGGGCGGUCGGAAAGUCUCGAGCCAUGGAAAUGAUCCUGUCAGGUGAAAUGAUCACGGCUCAGGAGGCUGCCACAGCGGGUCUCAUUAGCCGCGUUUAUCCGGUCAACGAGGUCGUCAGCAGGGCUGUUGACCUGGCAGACAGAAUUGCUCGGUUCUCUAGUCUGGCCCUUCGUGCGGCGAAGGAGUCUGUUAAUGCUGCUCACAACACCACCUUAUCGCAGGGUCUGGAGUAUGAAAAGCAGUCGUUCUUUGGAUGUUUUGCCACUAACGACUCAAAGGAAGGUAUUCAAGCCUUUAUUGAGAAGCGUCAGCCGAAAUUCACUGAUUCCUAG